AUGACACCCAUCCUGAAAGGAAGUGAAGCGCUACUUGUCUUCCUGUUGGUCUUCUGUCUGAUUGCAAGCCAUGUCUUUUCGCAGAAUCCUCGGCAUGAGAAGUUCUUGAGGCAGCACAAUGACUUUCCCCGGACCAACGUGGCAGGGCAGGAUUACUGUGGGGCCAUGAUGUUUCGCAGGGGAAUGACAAGGCCUUGCAAGGACACCAACAGCUUCAUCCACGCACCUAGGAACCAGCUGAAGGACAUUUGCAGCUGGGCUGGAACCCACUACCGCCGGGCACUGAGGCUCAGUCGGGCACAGUUAUCCGUUACCACCUGCAAGCUGCAGGGGACUUUGCGAGGCCAAUGCCGCUACUGGGCCCACACAGGGCAAAGACAUAUUCUUAUAGGUUGCGACCCAUCAGGAUGGCCUGUCCAUUUUGAAGAGAGCAAUUUCAUGUAG